AUGACUCGAAGCACUUGGGUUCUAGAAUCCGAUGUCUUCCCGGAUUCACAUGGAGAGCUGCGAAAAGCCAUUCGCGAGAAUGGGGACCAGCUAAUCGAGUGGGAUGACUCCUGGUGGUCGGGAGAGUUUCCAUCGCAAAUUGGGAAGUCCAUAACUUAUUUCCAUGGUUCGUUAGGCAAUGCGGCUCGCAUAACCGAAGAGCUGGAAUGGACGCCCGGCUCAUUCUGCAAAACCCCGGCGUUUUGCUGCUCCAAUUGGUACGGAGCCGCCCGCAAGUGGCUACUUCACUCCGACUGGAGACUUAUGCCGGCGAAUGAGUUAGUGGCCACGGCCCCUAAGGUUGCCGACGAGUUAAAUUCGGGCAACCAAAUUUUCGUUCGGCCCAAUAGCCCACUCAAACCAUUUAGCGGUCGCGUCGUUGAUGUGCGGGAGAUAACUCUAGCUGCACUCGACCACGGCUUCUAUUUCGACGACGAAACAAUUCCCGUCGUUGCUGCUCCAGUUUGCAACGUGAGUUGUGAGUGGCGAUUCGUUGUGGCUGAUUCAACCGUUUGCGCAGGAUCGGCCUACGACGCAGAAACGCGAAAGGCAACUAAAGCCUCUCCAGAUGGCGAACCCUGGGACUUCGCUCAGUCAGUGGCCUCCGAACUGCCACCUCCCGCAGAGGUCUACGUUCUGGAUAUUUGCGAAGCCGACGGGGAACUGAAGCUUUUAGAACUGAACCCAUUCGGUGGUGCAGAUCUCUAUGCAUGCGACGCUGCGAGCGUCGUACGAAGUGUACUCAAGGCAAUUCCUCUCUUCUGGGAUACCGGUACCAUGCUGACGAGAACUCUCCCGACUUGCCUUCUGAUCUUGGCAAUCUCCCCUGACCUCGUUGCUGACGAGAUCCUUCCGCGGCCAGAUGAACCGUUCAAGGGAAAGAUUGGGCUCACCUACAAGGACUCGGAAGCGGUGAAGCCCGAGUUGAAGAUUCCAAGUAACUUUGGGCUUCAAGACCCGCCCAACAUCUUGCUCGUGCUGAUUGACGAUUGCGGCUACGGACAGAUGGGCACCUUUGGCGGUAGCAUCCCCACACCCAAUAUGGACCGUGUCGCAAGUAACGGGCUUCGCUUCUCCCGAUUUCACACCACCGCGCUUUGCUCGCCAACCCGGGCCGCACUGCUGACGGGGCGCAAUCACCACUCGGUCGCCAGCGGAGUGAUCGGCGAGGCCGGCACCGGCUUCCCCGGCUACUCAGGAAUUAUCCCUUCGUCGGCCGGCACCUUUGCCGAGAUCCUGCGCGAGUACGGCUACUGCAAUGCGUGGUUCGGCAAGAACCAUAACGUGCCCGACUGGGAAACCAGUCUCGUCGGCCCCUUCGACCGUUGGGCCGACGGGUUAGGGUUCGACUACUUCUACGGCUUCGUCGGUGGUGACACCGAUCAGUGGCACCCUGCCCUGGUAGAAAACAAGAAACGCCUCGAGCCGCCGGAAACCAACGAAGACGGCAGCCCCUACCAUUUCACCACCGACAUUACCGACAAAGCAAUUCGGAUGAUGCGAGCCUCGAAGGCGGUGGCCCCGCAGCGUCCGUUCUUCGUCUACUUUUCCACCGGCGCGACCCAUGCACCGCAUCAGGUACCGCAGGAGUGGAUCGACAAGUUCAAAGGGAAGUUUGACGGCGGCUGGGACAAGUAUCGUGAAGAGACCUUCGCCCGUCAGCAAAAGAUGGGCAUCGUCCCCAAAGAUGCCAAACUGACGCCCCGGCCCGACUCGCUGCCAGCCUGGGAUUCUCUGCCUGCGGACGAGCGAAAAGUUUACGCCCGGAUGAUGGAAGUCUUCGCAGCCUUCACCGCCCACACCGAUCACGAAGUCGGCCGCUUGAUCGAUGCCGUCGAUAACCUCGGCGAACUCGAUAACACGCUGAUCAUCUACCUGGCGGGCGACAACGGUUCGAGUGCCGAAGGCGGGCUGCAAGGCCUGCUGAACGAGAUGACAUUCUUCAACGGAAUCGAAGAGCCUUUGGAGAUGAAGCUCGAAGCAGUUGACUCCUUGGGCAGCGACCAACACUACAACCACUUCCCCGCCGCCUGGGCCCACGCGAUGGAUACGCCCUACCAGUGGACCAAGCAGAUUGCCAGCCACUUUGGUGGCACCCGCACUGGGCUUGCAGUCUCAUGGCCCAAGGGAAUCAAAGCCCGUGGUGAAAUUCGCGAUCAGUUCCAUCACGUGAUCGAUAUCGCCCCCACGAUUCUCGAAAUUGUCGGCGUCGAACCCCCGGUCGAACUCGACGGCAUCGCGCAAAAGCCUAUCGAAGGGGUCAGCAUGACUUACACCUUCGACGAUGAGGAGGCCAAAGGCCGGCGAACCACCCAAUACUUCGAGAUGCUCGGCAACCAGGGCAUCUACCACGACGGCUGGAUGGCCAGCGCUAUUCGCGGCGUCCCCUGGCUCAGCGAGAAUCAACCCAUGGAUCUCCUGAACAUGCCGUGGGAGCUCUACAACAUUGAAGAAGACUUCGCCCAAGCGAACAACCUGGCAAAGGAGCAACCCGAGAAGCUCCAGGAAAUGGUAAAGCUGUUCUUCGCCGAGGCGGCCAGAUACAACGUCCUCCCGCUCGACGACCGCAAGACCGCCCGACUCGACGUGGCGAACCGACCGAGUUUAACGCAGGGGCGCAACAAGUUCGUCUACCCCAAUCUGCUCCGCCUGCCCGAGGGCGCCGCGCCCGACUUGAAACAUCGCAACCACACCAUUGAAGCCGAAGUCGAAAUCCCUGAGCAAGGUGCCGAAGGAAUGCUCCUCACCCAGGGUGGUCGCUUCGGCGGCUACGGCUUGAUGGUGAAGGAUGGCAAACUGGUCUACCACUACAACCUCGUCGGCGUCCAACGUUUCACCAUCGAGUCGGACGAGCGUCUACCCGCGGGCAAGACCGCGUUGAAAGCCGUCUAUAAAACUGAUGCCGACAAGCCCUACGCCGGAGCCGAAGUGACGCUCUACGCCGGCGACAAAGCGAUUGGAAAGGGCCGCGUCGAGAAGAGCAUUCCCAACCGAGUCACGCUCGACGAAACCCUCGAUAUCGGCUUCGACACCGGCACCCCCGUGAUGGAAGGCUACGACAUGCCCUUCGAUUUUACCGGCAAGCUCGAGUCGGUGACCAUCACGCUGGAUGAGUAA